AUGUUGGCCAAACAAAUCAUUUUGUCAAUAUGUGCUUUAUUCGUCUUCGCGACUUUUAUCAUGGUUAUAGUGGCUAUUGCCGGAUCCAGCUCAAACUAUAAGCCAAUAACGAAUGUUUACAUUGGUACCGCGGACAUUUCACAUAUAAAUGUGACAAAGGUCAUACCACAAGUUGGACCAAUCUUGACAAUCCUGGGUACUGCUUUGACGACACCAAAUAACUCAAUCGAAAAUAUUUUUGGCGCUUUGAGAAGAAUCGCCGAUACACCCGCUCUGACACCUUUGUUGUCACUGCUAUCAAAUGCCGAAAAUACGACUUCUACGGUGAUGGCAUUGACUGAGCUGGCACCAUUGGCGGUUUCCAGCAAUUCAACCUCAUCGACACAGCAGUUGACCCAAAUCAACGCUUUGCUUCAAUUGUCUACUAACCAAACUGAGACCAUCGAUGGUUUGAGCUCUUUGGUUUCUGAAUCUGCCUCGAGCAAUGAUAAUUCGUCAACUGUCGUUUUCAAUUUACUGGGUGAUUCCGAUAAUGUUACAGGAUCGACACAUGCAUUGAUUGGUUUGAAUAACAUGACGAUGUCAGAAAAGAUGCAUUUAGCUCCAGUUUUCGAAUUAUUUCAAGUUUCGACAAAUUUCUCAGCUACAUUUUCGUCGUUGUCGUAUCUGGCCUUUGCAAAUCUGUCCACACAGAAUACCGACCUUGUUAUUAAUGCGUUGAAUCAGAGUAGUGAUACGAAUGCAACUUUUGCGCGUUUGGAGAGAUUAGUACCUGAUAUGCGGGACCCAUUAUUGGCAUUGGAAGCCUUGAUUAAUUAUUCAUCAUCGACAAAUGUCACUCUCUCAACCUUGAAGUAUCUGGUGGAUAAUAACGUUACAAGUGCACCCUCUGCUCGUAAUGCACUGCGUUCGAUUGCAAGCCUAGUUAACAAUGGUAAUAACGAUACCCUAAUUCUGAACUCAGUUCAAAGCUUAGCAAUGAUUUCGAACUCAACAUCCUCCACUGCGCAAUUGACGUCGUUGUUAGAUUUAUUUGAAUCGAGUUCAAAUGACACGCAAACGCUUUCUGUGUUGGAAGACUUAGAGACUGGUUUACAACAAGAUCCUGAAACUGCAAGAUAUGUUCCAUCAUUGUUUCAAUUGAUACAAUCAUCAAAGGAUGCGCCCCAAACAUUCAGAUCAUUGGUGACAUUAACCGCAUGGGCGCAACAGAAUCCUGAAACUUUUAUCCCCAUCUUGAAUAUUUUGUCGAGUGCAUCAAGGGCAGAACAGAUAAGUGAUGAACAGUUGAGAGAAAUGACACCAGCGUUAAUGGACUAUUUACAUGUUAACACCAGGUAUCAGUUAUCUAUUUUCACUCUUUGUGAAGCAGAUAGCAGCGGUGAAAUUAAAAUGUGUUCAUCAUCGCAUGCAGUUCAAAAUCUUGAUUUCAGGAAUAUCAUCUGGUCCGAUCUAAUUGCAUCUGACUUUAGACCUUAUUUGACCGCUUUAAACGUUACGGCGGAUGAUUUGCAAUUGGAAGGCAAAUUAUUGAAAAGAGAGCAUGAAUAUGUUCCAGCAAUUAGGGCAACAUUGGCCAUGUCGAUUUUAUCAAUUGUCCUGGCAUUCUUCACAUUGAUUGUAAUCUUUUAUUUAAUGUUUACCAAAAAUGUGUUGAGUAACAAAUGGUGGUACGGUAUUCUAUUCCUUGUCUUCUGGUACGUGGUCUUUACAUGUCUCUCUGCAAUUAUUGUGACUGCUAUUAUUGGUAUUAUCAAAUCAGGUACACACGAUGAUGAUUAUGGUGUUGUAUUUACAAGUGGUUCUGCUUAUAUGGGAUUAAUUUGGACGUCAUUUGCACUAUCAAUAAUUGUGCUAUGUUUGAUGACUUUUAUCGUCUUUAAGAAUAGAAACAGAAAACCUGUUAGUGAAUAUAACGAUGAUGAAAUAAUAGUUAAAGGCCCAACGAAUGAUGCAACUGAUGAUACUACGUCAUCAAAUGACAAUCCAAAUGAAAAGCCUGUUUCUACUUGA